GUGUGGUGGGUACUGCUCCAUGCUUCAGGCUAAAUCGGCCUUUCAAUACUUUUUUUUCCCCCAUUUGCCAUUUGGUUGUCCUCAAUACACUGACGUGAUUAAUUCAUACUACUGUAGUUUUUCUUUUUCUCGUUCUCUUGUCAUUAUUCUUUUAUUUGCUGAAACCCCCUUUUAGGAAUCGUCGUCUGUUUCCCCGCCCGCCGUCUUAUCUACAGUAGGUAUCUGAGCAGACACGCUCGUUCCGAACGCCCAGACCUCUUUCGCAACUUUAUUAAGUCUCUUAAGGGGUAUUGACGUCGACUUACCCCACGGCUCGCCCAAAGAACUGCCAACCUCUCACCAAAGAUACCCCCCACGCUAGCCGUCAAAUAAUUUUCAGGAUGGCAAUCACCAAGCAGCGCAAGAUUGCGAUUGUUGGGAGUCGCUCGGUCGGCAAAUCUUCGCUUGCGGUCCGGUUUGUAGACGGGCAUUUUGUCGAAAGUUACUACCCGACUAUCGAAAACACGUUUAGCAAAGAGAUCACGUACAAGAACCAGAUUUAUUCGACCGAGAUUGUGGACACGGCAGGACAGGAUGAAUACAGUAUUCUCAACUCGAAGCACUUUGUCGGGAUUCACGGCUACAUAAUUGUAUACUCAGUUGGGUCACUGACGUCGUUCGAGAUGGUGCGGACGAUCCGUGACAAGAUCAUCCACCAUUUGGGAGUGGCCGAGGGUGACGUUCCGAUCGUCAUCGUGGGCAAUAAGAGCGAUCUUCGACCGGAGCAAAGACAAGUGACGCCGCAGGAUGGUCAGGCGCUCGCAAAUGAGCUCAAGUGCGGGUACACAGAGGCGAGCGCCCGAUACGACGAGAACGUGGCUCAGGCCUUUGAGCUCAUGAUUGCGCGGAUCGAGGGCGCCCCCAAUGGUGGAGAGGCUACUAAUGGGGGCAAGUGCACCGUCAUGUGAAGUGGCGGUGCUCGGGCCAGAGUUUUGAUUGCACUUAUAUACCCGAAUGAAGAGCAACUGCGGGC